CACCAUGGCAGAUCCAUGGCUGAUUCAGCCACAUGAGCAUGCCAAAUUUGCUGAACACUUCCGGAACCUUGGACCAGUCAAUGGCACUUUGAAUGGAGAGCAGGCCAAGAGAUUUAUGCUUCAGUCUCAAUUACCUCCACCGAUUCUGGGACAAAUAUGGACACUUGCCGACACAAAUGCAGAUGGAAAGCUCGACCUAAAGGAAUUCUCUAUUGCCUGCAAAAUAAUAAAUUUGAAAUUACACGGCAUCGAAAUACCCAAAGCGCUUCCACCAUCUUUGUUGGCUUCGUUAAAUCCUACUGGUGUAAAGCAGAACUUUCCACCACCGAAACCACCAAUGCCUCCUCUACCAGCGGCGCUCUCCCAGCCUCUCAUCUCGGGAAUAUCCAGUCCAUCGAACCAAUCAUUGCUUGAUCUAUCUCAACCUAUGCCAGCUAAGCCAGCUGUCCCUGAUUUGAUUUCCGGCGUCAAACCAAUACAAGCGACGAUGAUGUCACAAUCCGGACAGAUGCCGCCCGUAAACCAAUCUUUGAUUGGUUCACAGCCUAUGAUGGGUUCUAACCAACCGAUGAUACCGACUCAGUCCCUCAUGAACACUUCACAACCAACCAUGACUUCUCAACCUCUUAUUGGUUCUACCCAAUCUUUGAUUGGUUCCCAGUCACUCAUGUCGUCACAGCCUUUGAUUGCUACUUCGCAGCCAUUAAUGAGCGCAGGCCAACCUAUGAACGGUGUAAGCCAAGUUAUGACAAGUCAACCUCUGAUUGGUUCGACCCAACCUCUCGUUAGUACAGGCCAACCUGUGAUUGGUUCAACUCAACCUUUGAUUGGUACAACUCAACCUUUGAUUGGUACAGCUCAACCGUUGAUUGGUUCAGCGUCAAUGGUCCAAUCACCACCAUUGGGCAUGCCACCUUCAGCAUCAUCCCAAUCGAUUCCUACUGGCACUACUGUAGCAUCUGUGAUUAGUCCACCUCAGAAUGGCAUGUCGAUGGUAGCAGGUUCGACUCCCAUCCAACCAGUGACAUCAACGCCUAUUGCACCAGUGAAAAGCGAUUCGUUCUCAAAACCAGGAUCUUUGGUCACGAGUCCCACAGAAAUGCCGAUGGGAGUUGUGAGUCCCCCUCCAGUAGAAUGGGGGGUGCCGCAGCCGCAGAAGUUAAAAUACACGCAACUGUUCAACACAACAGACAAGGCCAAAAUAGGCGCUGUAUCGGGAACACAGGCGCGAUCGAUAAUGCUGCAGUCGCGACUACCGCAACAGAUCCUGGCGCAGAUUUGGGCGCUCGCUGAUCUAGAUUCAGAUGGAAAAUUAGGUUGCGAAGAGUUCGUGUUAGCUAUGUACCUAUGUGAGCGAGCAACACAAGGGGAAGCUGUCCCAGCAAAACUACCGCCAGAGCUGAUACCUCCAACAUUCAGGCGUGAUUCUGUGACGAGUAACACGAGUGCCAAGUCGUAUGAAGAGCGACGUAGGGAGAACAUGGCGCGAGGUCAGGCAGAGCUUGAACGUAGAAGAUCACAACUGGCUGAUGCUCAGAUGAAAGAGAAGGAAGAAGAGGCCGAGAGGGAGAGAAAAGAGAGAGAGGAAGCGGAGAAGAAAGAGAAACUGCGUCAGGAGGCGCAGAAGAGGGAGCAGGAGGAGUUGAUGAGGAAGCAGAAGGAAGAACAGGAGAAGCGAGAAGCUGCCCGGAAGGAAAUGGAGAGACAGUGUCAGUUGGAGUGGGAGAAGAAAAGGACUCGUGAAUUGGAAACUUUGCGCUCUGAAGAGCAGUCCAAGGUGUUGUCUCUCAAAUCACGCAGCCAGGCACUCAGCGCCGAGUUGGGCACAACCGGUACUCGAAGUGCCAACCUCGCCAAGGAUAUACGAGACACUCGGACGGCCCUCGCAGGUGCUAAGUGCACUAUCGACUCUAUGAGAUCGGAACGAGACUUAAACAUGUCCGAACUGCAACAGUUGAAGGCCCGUGUAAAGGAACUUAACGCAAAGCAAAUCGCUCUCAAUAAGGAGAAAGCCGAAUUAGACUCUAAGGCUAAAAGCGCGGAAAAUGGAGACGACGGCGCUCUUAACAUGAUGGAGGUGACGCUCAAACAGCUCAGGGAAAAGGUGGAGACCGCGAAGUCCAUCGUCGAGUCGAAGAAGACUGACUUGGAGAACAACCAGUCCGAGCUUGGGCAGCUGAACGAGAGGGUGAGCCAGCUGAUGGAGAAGUGCGAAGUGGUGUGGAAGCUAUACGAGGAGAAGAGGAAGGAGUACUUGGAGAAGAGUACAGCACCCGCUGAGAACGCUUGGGGAAGUGAGAGUGAUUGGGCCGCCACAGAGCCGGCUUGGGGCGCUGAAACCGCGGCGCCCGAUUGGGGCGACGCCCCGACCACAGAUGCCGCAGAACCGGUCUCCACGUCUGCUGUUUCCACAUCGGCCGCUCGUUGGCGAUGUGUUUACGAGUUCACAGCACGUACCGCUGACGAACUGAGCCUUCAACCUGGAGACCUGGUGUUUGAGGCCUCAGCGCCGAGAGGGGACGCAGAACCAGGCUGGAAAUGGGGUUCCGCAAGAGGUGAGUCCGGCUGGUUCCCGGAGUCGUACGUCGAGGAUCUGACCGCGGCCGUUGCCUUCCCUGACCAUGUCGAGAUGGAGAUGAAGACGCAGUUAGAAGGUAUUGCAGAGGUCCCCGAGCCGGAAGUGACGAAUGAUCUGGGCGGGGGCAUGCCCAAUGUUGAAGGCGGUGAUUUCUACAUCGCUGCAUACCCUUACGUGUCUACGGAGCCUGGGGACCUGACCUUCGAAGCUGGCGAGAGGAUUGAAAUAAUCCGGCGCGAUGGUGACUGGUGGACCGGCAGGAUUGGAGUCAGAACGGGUAUCUUCCCGUCGAAUUACGUGACGAAAGAUACGACGACCGGCGAAGCUAUGUCAGCGAUACCGGAGGCCCGGGAGCCCGAAGUAGCGCCCGCGGAGCCCCAACCACAACUUGAGCCCCAACCGGGCCCCGAGCAGAUCAUUCAAGACAAUCAACAGAAGUCCUCCACUCCAAUAUCGUCCGAGGUCGCGUCCAUCACAGAAGCUGGUGUGAGCGGUGGUAAUACAACUCGGCCGACGUCAGUCGCCCGUCGCGACUCCGGUCGGGAUUCCGUCACUGGCCGGAAGAAACACGAGGUGGCCCAAGCACUUGCCAACUACACCGCGACCAGUUCCGAACAGCUGUCGCUGAUGAAGGGCCAGUUGCUGAUCGUCCGCAAGAAGGCUGAUAGCGGCUGGUGGGAGGGAGAGCUGCAAGCUAAGGGUCGCAACAGACAGAGCGGCUGGUUUCCCGCUAGCUACGUAAAGAUUCUUCAGUCUUCGGGGCGUACCUCAGGGCGCACCACGCCCGUGUCAUCCAAGAUGGACGCAGUUCCCGUAGAUACUGUAAUUGAUAAGGUGAUAGCGCUGUAUCCGUACGCGGCGCAAAAUGCGGACGAGCUGAGCUUCGAAAAGGACGACAUCAUAUCUGUGACGGACCGGAGUCAGGAUCCAGCCUGGUGGCAAGGCGAACUUCGCGGGAUGACCGGUUUGUUUCCCAGCAACUACGUUACGAAGCUGGUGAACUGAAUUAAUAUAUUUUUAUGUUACGUAUAUAUGUUAUAGUGUAGUUGUUUCUGUGUUUAUAAAUGCGUCUUAGUAUGUUAUACUUAUUACCUUAUCUAGUUAGUAUUAACCACAGCGCCUCUAGCGGUUGAUAAUGGAACUAUUUAACUUCGGUUAAUCGCACAGAUAAAGAAUGUAAUAGUAAGUUAAAUCAUUAAUUAACUUAUUUCCAAUAAUAUAUUAAUCAAACAAAAGCACUAUUUCAGCGAUGCACAUUAUAUACAACUUUUCACUAAAUCCAUUCAAUUUCACUUAUAAGAUAUACACAGCACUAAUGUUACACAAUAUGUCUGCUGUAUAGCUACAGAUACACUGCUGUAAGGAUUUCGGUGACGCGAACUCAAGAGAUUUCACCCAUCUAGAUAGUGUCUAACUAUAAAUAUGUAUAUUUAUUUUAUUAAUUGUUUAUUUAUCGUGCGUCAGUCAUGUGCAUGUCGGUGACGCGAACUCACGAUAUUUCAUCCAUCUAAAAAGUGACUAACUAUGUAUAUUUAUUUUUAUAAUUAUUUAUUUAUCGCGUGCGCCAGUGAUGAGCAUGUCGGUGACGCGAACCCAUAAGAUUUUCCCCUACCAAAACUGCCCAACGCGGCUGAUGAAUUUUUCUCCCCUUGAAACACCACCGUUACUCUAAAUGUAAGCCCAAUUUAAGUUAAAAUAACAAUAGACAGUAAAAUUUUCUCCCUUUCUUCGUAAAAAAAUCUUGUAAAAUUGUUACAUCUAUAUAACGACAACUAUGUUAUUGAGAGAUAUCGUUAGAUGGAAAGAGAAAUCGAAAACCUAUAUUUACUAUAAAAUAAAUAUUUGAAUGUUAACGAGCAAUAAAAAGAAGUCAUUAUGCAUAACUAUCUAACUAGAGUCUAGCCGAGAUAAAUCCGUGGUAUUUUCUUUUUGGCAUAUGUAGUAAUUUGAAGGAAACACAAUAAUUUUGUCUUUUAAAAUACUGUUCAUUGUGAGUUAUUCAUGUUACAUAGAAGUAAUAUACUUCAUACUUAGAACCAGUAACUCGUUACUGACUGACAACCCAAAAAAAAAUACAGUCAAAUUCAAAUAUUUCUAUUCAAAAUAGGAUGUGACAUCACUUAUUGAAAGUAAAAAAACUACCACCCAUUCCAAAAUGAAUGCCUCAGCGGGCUUUUUUUUUCAUCGAAAAAUAUGUUUACAAAGUAAGAUUGUACAAUUAAACUUAUUAUUUAAUAGCCUGAGGGCGGUCGCUCCAUUCCCAAUUUGUGGUAUCAUUAAGAAAGUCAUUUGUGUUAUAGUAACCUUUGCCACACAAACGUUUUUAACAAUUCUUUUAAAUAACGUAAUACUUUUGUUUUGAACAUUUUCUGGGAUCUUGUUGUAAAGGCAUAGUCGAAUUGAGAACCUCCUCCUUUUUUUUAUAUCGGUUAAUAACACACUAGCUGUUCUAUCGCUUGUUAUCUCAAUUGUUAUCUCAAUGUUCAGUUUAUCGGUCAGAUCCUGAAAGACCUAAUCAAUCAAAUACGCCUCUAUUUAUACAAGUAAGGAUUAUUCUCAAAUGUUUUCGAACAUACUAGGUACUUAGAGUAACUGUACCUUACGCUGGUAGAUAUCAAGUUAUAUAACUCUCGCUAACAUUAAACAGAAUAAUAAUGUGAGCCAACAAGCAACCAACCAAAUCUUAGUAAUUUCGGUUAUUUAGAAAAAUUUUCAACUGUAAAGUAGAUCCUGUAGAUGAAGCCACAAGAUGAGAGUUGAACAAAGACAUAUCAAGAUUUAUCAACGAUGCGUCACCCGAACGGUUGGUGGAAGAUUUGUGAUGAAGUAGAGCGCUCGCACGGAACGCGAGAGGUCGCGGUUUGAUAAUUUCAAAUUAUUUGUGUAAUUAUUCGCAGAGGUUAUCACUUUAAAAACAUAACAAAUUGUUUUAAUCAUUGUUACAAAUCUUAUCAUCAGCGACGUAAUUCUGUUGAGCUCUUGGCCCACUAUGAGAUUCAUUCUUGUAUUUGGCAUUUUUGGGAUGAUUAUUUAUAGACAAGUAUACAUAAGUAAUGUAUCGUCGAUAAAUAAAAUAUUUGAAACGCGUGUAUUUAGAUAUUAUAUAUCUAAAGUUUUAUCGUAAUAGUUGCAUUUUUAUUAUAAUUUUAAUAAAAUCCCAACUAAUAUUAUAAAUGUGAAUGUAAGUUUGUUUGUUACGCUUUCACGCCUGAACCACUGAACCGAUUUUGAUAAAUUUUAGUACAGAGAUAGACAAGAGCUUGGAAAAGGACAUAGGCUACCUUUUAUCACGAAUAAAAGCUUGGCGGGUGGAAGUUUGUAUGAAAGUUCGUCACUAUCGAAGAUAAUACCAUGAAACAUUGUAUUUAGGCAUUUGAUAAGAAGUAAAUAUAUAUUUGUUCUAACGUUUUUAAAUUUUACACCUGUGUGGGGUGAAAAGGGGGUUGAAAAUUCUAUAGUUGGUAGCUUUUAAAAAUGUAUUAACCACAGCAGUUUAAUUGUGUAUUAUUUGCAAAGUGAGUAUAUUAAAAAAUAAAAAAAUGCCUAAAGUAAAUAUUGUACGCGAACAAGUCGCGGGUAAAGGCUAGUAUAAAAUAAAAAUGUAACGAAUUACUCGCACUUCGUCACUAUUUCUCAUAAAAGAAUAUUAAAUACUUCACAUGUUAAUAAAAUACCUUUUUCUACACCCAUGCUUAAAAUCCUCUAUUAAAGAUUCUAAAACAGUUAGCUUAUUGCCAACAUUAAAACAUACAAUGUCCAAAAAGCAUUACAUCAUCCAAACGAGUGUUGUAAUGUAAUUCAGUACAACAUUACAACACUCGUUCGGAUGAUGUAAUGGUUACUAGGACUGGCUUUUUUAAUGUUAGAAUUAAGCUAACUGUUUCAGAAUCUUGUGUAGAUAAAGUCUUGUAUGUAACUGUUGAUAAUAAGGUAUUAAAACACUCAUGUGAUACUAUUAUCACAUGAACCCACAUUCGUGUUUUAAUACCCCUUAUUACACAACAGUUGCAUAAAUAACUAUUAUUUACUUACAUUGUGUAGUGUUAUAAGAAUUUGCAAAAAUUUAAUUUGAAGUGAUAAUUUUAAUAUUAUAAAUUGGUAUGUACUAUCGUAUGUUCAGAGUCUUUAUAAUAUUAUUGUAUGAAUUGUUUAUGUAGAAUGUUUCGUGUUUAAAUAGAAUUUGUAGUAGUUCUGAAUAUAUGGCUUUAAAA